CGGAAGUGGCGUCAUCGCUGAGCCGGACGGAAGUGACGUCGCCGCGAGCUCGGCGGGUGGUCCCGUAGCGGCGGGGCCGGGCCCGGGCCGGGCCCUGAUGGACCCGGCGGCCGAGCACCGGCAGCAGCUGCGCAGCCUGCGGGACUUCCUCCUGGUCUACAACCGCAUGACCGAGCUCUGCUUCCGCCAUUGCGUCUGCAACCUCAACUACCGCCUGCUCACGGGCCGCGAGGAGUCGUGCCUGGACAGCUGCGCGGCCCGGCUGGUGCGCGCCAACCACCGCCUGAUGGGCGCCUACGUGGGACUGGUGCCGGCGCUGCUGCAGCGCCGCGCGGCCGAGCACGGGGCACCGGCGGGGCCAGCCGCACUCCCGGCCGCCCCGGGCCCCGCCGAGUCCUCGCCCGCUGCCGGCACAUAGCAGCGCCCGGCCGCAGCUCCGCACGGCAGCCGGGCGCGGCUGGCACCGCCCCUGCCCUGCACCAGCGGGAGCAGCUGCAGCCAGGCUGGAGCAGCAUCUGCACUCGGCCCCGGGAGCCCCGAGCAGCGGCUGGGAUAUUCAGGGCACCGGGGGCCCAGGAACGGCAGGGAACCCUCCCUGGCCCUCGUGGUUGUGGAGUUCUGGGAAGUGGAUUGUUAGUCCCAAUAAAACAUUUUUACAGUAA